AUGGAACUUCCUGGACUCCGAGAUUUGACGAUCAAACAGUUCACUAGGUGGAAGCCGAAAGGUGGAGAGAUGGUCUGGCUUGAACCUGAACCGGUGAAACCAUCCGCGCUCAAAACAUUAAACAUCCACUCUCUCUCUUUUCCACUUGGACGAGACGUCGAGUAUCUCCUUCAAGGGCUUUCAUAUCUUCAACAUUUCAGCUGGAUCAUUGAUGGUCGACCUGAAGACCACGACGGAAUUUGGGAAAUUGGUUCUCAUGUACAAAUCGGUGUCACAGAAUUAAUCAGCCGGGGUUUACUACCAUUGUCGACCUGGCUCCUGGAGCUCAAUCUCCUGAUUUCAAAUUACUCAAGAAACUUCCCUUUUCUCGACAGUAGAUGCAUUAGCACUUUGGACUUUAGACAAUACUCCCGGUUGAGGAUUCUGAGAAUUCAAGCCGAUUUUCUCUUUCAAUUGUGGGACGACCGAGAUGGAUUCAUUCGACAGCUACCUUACUCACUUGAAGGACUUCUGGCGAGUCUCUCUCCUUUUUCCGAUUCCCGAACGAAAAUAUCAAUGGAUCGCUCAGGCCUCGUUGGAUUUGUUUGUUGUUUGGAAUGAACUAACGUCUGAAACCCUGCUAGAUAUUCUUUAAUUACGGCGAAAAUUCUAAUACUCUCAUGGUCGACAAAAACAGCCCUCCAGAUUACGAUUGGUUUCUACCACUAGCACAAUAUAAAGAAACGAACUUACCACGGCUAUCGAGAGUCAAGAUUCAGGAUUCACUUCGAUGGUGGGGUUUUGAUCUUGUGUCACCUGGAUAUCCAGAACAUAUAUCGAAGUCCUUUGAACAUGCAGAGAUUUUGCUCAAAGUGGUCAUCAAUGUGCCAAACCUUGCUGAGCAGGAACCUUUUAUCAAUUAUACCGGACCAUUUCUUGCGGAUCCCAAUUUAUCAGCUGAAGAUGAACAAAUGAUACUCUGUCAGAACAAUGCGAGGAGGCGAGAGUUUAUCUUGAGACAGGCUGUGGAAGAUCAUUGUUAUCAAUUCUAA